UCGAACCGUGCGGUUCUAAGCUGCUAGGCAAACAGGAUAUCAUCGGGUACAGGUUUUGGUGUGGUGGAGCAAUCCUUUUGCACCUGGUGACAACCAAAGUGAUGGUUCUGUGUGGUGUGUGAGAAAGCUGCAGGGAAGAAAAAUUCGUCGUUCUUGUGGUUUUUCCCUGCUGAUGCUGCUGAGAGUGUGAGUGAGUGAGUGCGAAACGUGUAACGGUGCGUUGUGUCGUGGUGAUUUGUGGUUUUAGCUCGCCAUAAAAAGAGGCCUGCCUUUCUGUUCUCGUGUUACGCACGAUUCAGGCAACGGCAGUGUUAGUGAUUUCUUGUUUCUGCUCGCCCUCCACCGUUUCGAUACACCGUGUUCUACUUCGGCUAAAAGGUGCAGUGGCAAGUAAGUGAGUGGUUUGUGUGUGCAGCAGAAAAAAAGUGUUUCAUCCGACGGAAUCACACCGGAGGGAUAGUUUCCGGAAGCUUCCGCAUAACAUCAAAGCAACAUAACUUCGGAGGCUAUCCGAUCGCCAAUCUCGCAACCUAUCACCGUUGCCGCAACCUGUUCGUGGGAAAAUGUGCGAUGGAAAAGUUAAUUAUUUGCUGUAAUUAAUUUCGCACUUGUGGAUGUUGAGAAUUAUUUGCUCGCGCGACGCACAGUAAAAAAAAGCCCGAACUGUCACAAAAAGAUUCUUCAUCACCACUCAUCAGCGGAAGGUCAACACGUUCGGCAUUAGUGCACAACAUUUCGCUCCGUCAUCCCAUUCCAACGGUGGCAGCUAGGGAAAAAACAAGUUAAAAAGGGCAUCCCUUCGCACAGUACCACGGUGCUAUUUAAAGCAUCGAAAGCAUCCGUUUCGAGAAGAGCUACAGCACAACGUUACCGAUUCUAACUUAAUACGAAGGUCUGGUGGAACGUACCGACCGAAAGGUAUCGCUCGCGUACCCUUUCAAUCGUGUUGGGCCGUGUUUCCAUUUUUAUACACCUCUCCCAAUCAAAAUCCCGACAGCGCGUUUACGCCGACUCGAUUUGGCCCGAAAAAAGGGAUAAUGAGCCUUGAGGUGGAAUGAUGAUUCAGGCUCGACAUUAAUCAUACCCUCGGCCGGUUGCUCGAUGUACGAACCUGGAACGAGCCGGCGGUUCACAUUGACGACUCCAUACGUACGUCCGGCGGGAAAUGCAAAAUAGGAUCCGGGAUCCGUAGGGCUGGCCGGUUGAUUGAGGCAGGAGCAACUUUUACAAAAUCGAGCCACAAGGAAUCCUUCGGGGCCAAGGAGCAUUCGUCCUACCACACACACACCUGACGGCGUGAGACAACCGAAAUUAAAACAAAACAUCGCUCCCUGUACAUACGGUGCUGACCUUCGCUGUUCACCCGCAGUAAGUUUCCCCGGCCCCGGACGAAAUUUUGCUCCGGCGUCGGUAUAGACGGUACCCACCGAAAAAGAGAAAAACCAGCUGCACGUGCGGAUAUAGGCCUGCCAGGCCGGGAGAGAUCAAGCUCGCCGGCACGGUUUCUCAUACGACGUUCGACGGUUGUCGCCAGCGGUGUACCAGCAAGCAGUCAACAUUCCGCUAUUUCAAUUAAAUGUUAUGCCGGCCGCGACCAUGUUUUCCAAGUUCAAAAGUGCGACCACCAGUGCGCCACCCCAAAACCCCUACGACAACAAUCCGAUCACGCAGUACUUUGAAAUUGGAAAACAGGUCGCCUGCGCCGGGCCGGAACUGAUCUGGAAGAUACACGAGGGCUACCGGAAAACGGAUGGCAAGGAAUGUUCCAUCUUCGUGUUCGAGAAGCGGACGGCCGAAAAGCUGCACAAACCAAAGCGGAAGGAGACGGUUACGGAAAUUUUGCGAGCAUCCGUAAAGCAGCUGGAACGGUUUCGGCAUCCCAAGAUCCUGCAGAUCAUGCACACGGUCGAGGAGAGUUCGGAAACGCUCUCGUUCGCCACCGAACCCGUCAUCGCCAGCUUGGCCAACAUCCUGGCCUAUCAGGAAGCGGGCGGAACAAUUACGGGACCACCGAGCACGGGAGCAUCCGGCCAGCACUGCCCAACCACCAUCGCCCCGAACCGGCCGGCCCACGCGAAAGAGUACACGUUCCUGGACAUUGAGCUGAAGUACGGAAUCCUACAGAUCACCGAAGCACUAUCGUUCCUGCACUACUCCGGGCAAGUGAUACACAAAAACGUCUGCCCGUCAUCGAUACUGAUCACGAAAAAGGGCACCUGGAAGUUGGCCGGAUUCGAGUUUACCGAGCGCACCAACGAAACCGAUGCAACCGAUCCCGUACCGUGCCAACCCUGGUCGACCAGAGCCUCCAAGCUGGUGCAACCGAAUCUAGACUAUAUGGCGCCCGAAAUCCAGAUUAACAGUAGCUGCAGCAUACUGAGCGAUAUGUUCUCGCUCGGCAUGGUUAUUUGCGCCAUCUUCAACCACGGCCGCUCGCUGAUCCAGUCGGGCAAUUCACCCUCGACCUACCUGAAGCAGAUGGAACUGCUAGAUGAGGCCGUGCACAAUAUCCUACCGAGGAUACCGAUCCCGCUGCAGGAGGCAACCACAAGGCUAUUGAAGAAAUCACCCGGAGCUCGCCCGACGGCUCAGCUACUAACGCUCAUCAAGUACUUCAGCGAUCCGGCCGUCCAGGCGCUACAAUUUCUCGAUGUCAUCAACAUGAAGGAUCCGACGCAGAAAACGCACUACUACCGGAGCACGCUCAGAGAAGUUCUACCGUUCAUACCGCGGAAACUCUGGUGGCAACAUAUCUGGCCUAAUCUGCAGCAGGAAAUGCGUGCUGAUGAAGUGCUGGCCGCCGUGUUGCAGCCCGCCCUCACCCUGGUCCAAGAAUCUUCAAACUCGGAAUAUGAAGCAAUCAUUUUACCUACCUUUAAGACUGUUUUUGUAGCUCCAAAAUCUAUACAAGCAACCGUAGCGUUAUUAGAGAACUUACACAUUAUUCUAGAGAAAACACCACGGGACGAUAUACGGACGGAAGUUUUACCCCUACUGUUCAACGCACUGGAAAGCACAACGAUACAGGUGCAGAGUGCAGCCCUGGUGGCGGUAACGAACGUGUACGACUAUCUGGACGACAUCACGAUCAAGAAGCUGGUGCUGCCGAAGCUAAAGUCGGUGUUCGAGAAGAACCAGAGCGAUCUGAAAAUCAUGGGCAACGUGCUGCAGUGCGUCGAACGUACGCUGGAUAAGCUGGAUAAGUCUCAGAUAAUCGAUGAGGUGCUGCCACUGCUGCUCGAGGUACGGCUCACCGAUCCGGACAUUGUGGUGCGCGUCGUCAACAUCUACCGGAUCAUGCUGUGUGACAAAAAGUAUGGCUUAACCGUGAACAUCAUGGCGACCAAGGUGAUGCCCACGCUGCUACCGCAAACCGUGAAUCCGUCGUUAAAUCUGGAACAGUUUAUGAUUCUUCUGGAGGUGCUUCAAGAAAUGCUGGACCAAAUAGAUAGACAACAACGUAACAAAUUGAAGCUGGACAAUCUAUCGCUCCCGUCGCCGGACCGGCACCGGCCGCUGCGGCAUCAGUUCUCGUCCGACAACAUGAACGCGCAGCAGUUCAACAUACCGAACCUGCGCAUCGACCAGCGCAAAACGUCGAGCGCCGAGGAUAUGGCACGCAAGAACUCGACAGGAUCGGGUGCUCUAGGUAGCUGGUGGUUCGGCGGUUCGCCGUCCUCGCCGGACAGCAACUUCCUGCGCGUGGUGAACGCGUUCCCGAACCGCCGCCUGUCCGACAAUACGCUCAUGACACCGAAAAUACGCAUCGCGCCAUCUUGUGCUUCGUCUCCGGGUGGAACCCCGGGCGGAGGGCUACCGAUACGACGACAUUCGAGCAUUGGUCCGCAGGAACGACGAGGCUCCAACAUCAAUCUGUCACCGCCGACUCUUGCACGGAGCAUGAUCGGAGGCUCGAUGCCGAACACUUCGAGCAGUGUUCCGUUCCUACUGUCGUCGAGCAUGCAAUCGAUCCGGAGCCGUCGUACCUCGACCGUGCUCUCGUCCGGACCGCUCGGUUCCGGUUCCGGUCUGCUCCAACAGCUCGGUUCCGGCAUGCGACAGCUGUACGCAUUAAUGACCAAAGAUAGAUUCACGAUCAGCAGUAAUAGUAGCACACAGCAGGCACCGCCCAAACCGCACGCACCACUGUCAGCAUCCGCCACGGCUCUCAACACCGCAUCCACUGCAUCCACCGGCAGCGCUACUACGCUCACCGUCGGCACCAUUAAGCUCACCAGCGGUGGAAUCGCCACCAUUACCAAUAAUGCAAGCAUUCCCGCGUCCGGUCCGUCAAGCGCGACGACCGGCCUCGUAGCUUCGACCGGUCCGCAGGGCUCCACAACAUCGCUUACCAUCGCGGGCCAGUUCCCCAAAUGUCCAUCGCCGGGCAGUACGAUCGGUACCGUCACGCUGGGGACGACCCGAUCGGUUAGCAGCACACUGAGUGCGUCGAACAAUGGGGUACAUCUGAGUGGGAGCACGUUUUCGACCUCGCUUUCGAAUCGUAUCACGGCGCAGGUACCGCCACCGACGACACUACCGAUCGGGAGUAUGGCCGCACGGUCACCUACCUUCGGAGCGAGUGCUCACCGUUAGUGAGGAAGGAAAAUGGUGUUCCAUUCCUUGAGCAGAUUCUUACAGAGCUUAUCAAUAUUGCCUUUAGCAUGAUGUUUACAUUUCCGCAUAGCAAGUAUCAGCUUCCAUUUAAGAAUAGUUAAAGUUUGCCAAAAAUACAUUUUUAGUAAAAUUGUAUCUUGAGUUACACACACGCCUGAAAGUAUGCAAUUUUUUAAAUUAUCAGACUCUCUGGCUAAAGCUAGGAAAACUAAACAACCUAAUGUAUGUAUUAAUAAAAAAAAUCUAUCUUAACUUUAACAAAUAGCCCUUUGGGGAGAGUGAUGGAUUUUGCAACUUAGCUCUAAGCUCUAAGCAAAAUGGAAUUGGGGGUCUAGUAACUCACUGAUUCCGUUGCUUGGAAGGGAUGUUCGCUUUGUGCGUUCGGGGCUCCUUGCGAAUUCGAAGUCCCCUACGGCCGUUUAGUCAGCGUAUCGUUAAACGCACCACCGUCAGUGGAUUAAAUUCUACGCCUUCCAGAAAAAUGAUACCAUACCUUACUGGUCAGCUGUAUCACAGAUAGUUAGCUACUCGACUACCCCAGUCGGUUUUCAGUUCUUUUGAGGCUUAAACGAACACCAAGUACUUCAUCUUUGCCCUUAAACAUUUUGGAAAAAAAUCCUGCGAUUUAGUCUAAAUGAAGAUAUUUCAAAGACUCAAGCCUCAUCAUUCGCAGUGCGUGAGUCUACUAUUCUGUGCUAAGCAGGUUGAUUGAAGAUUUCGUAACACAAUGCCUUUAUAGGCAAGGAUCGGCUUAGACAGGUGCUACAGUUGAUUGUUAUCAGCUUGAGUGGCCGAUACCUAUCCAAAUUCGGUCUAUCUCGAGUUUCUCCAGAGAAAAAAGUUUAUGUGAAAUCCAAACUAACCAUGGCUAGAGGUGCAGUAAGGGGCUAUAUAUCUCAAAUUUCCUCAGCCAACCCCACCUAUCUAUUGGGCUGAUGCUACAAAUACAUCGUUUCAAGUGUAGUUGCUCGGCUAUUUUGAGCAAACCGACUUCAAUUCAACUUAUGCUCUGAACCUGAACUAAACCUUUUUAAAUGCAUACGUUACGCCAUCACAUUGUUUAAAAAAACUACUCAUUGCAUACUUUCAGGAGUUGUACAAUCUUGACACUUCGCCAAAAAAAGGCAGCUUUACAAAAUACGGUUCCUAAAGCCACAGUACGCUUAUUUUCAUAUGUUUUAAAAAGUAAGCAUUAAUUAUAGAAGGAUUUUUUUACUCUUAAUUUUAAUUAUAUAGUAUUAAGCUUUAUUACUGCACCAGCUUUUAACCUGAAACCAAAAUGCCGCGUUCACAUUUCACAACACGUUUUUAAUCGUCCUUUUUUCAUAGAACUGAACUAUUGUUUGCAGAGGAGCAGUUUUUUCCUUGUCCAUGUAUAUUUUCCCCUAACCAUUUCCAUGAACUGAGUUGAUUAAAAUUCGCCCUAAGUAACAAAGUACCGCUGGUGUCAGAUUUAAGCUUUCAGAUGUUUUUGCAAUCCCCUUUCAACUUUUCUAUACAACUUUCACUUACUAAACUGUAUCCAACCUAGCGAGAAUUUCACAAACGAAAACCAGCAAAUACUUUUUCUCGUAAUAUUCCACACAAACAAACUAGACACACAUUUACCCACACACAAACAUUUAACCACUCCCACACUCGGAAAACUUGUUGUUGAGCUGAUGGUUGCAAAUCCCGUCAAAAACCAUCCCCAAAAGCAUGCAUAAUUUUAACUAUAAAGCAAGAUGGUGUACCAGGUACCGCUAGCGCGGAGAGCUAAACCGUUCAAGACACCUUGUUUAAUAGAUGUACUAUGUCACAGGCAGACAUCACGCUGGACGUGAUUAUUCGCUGUAACAAGAUAAUGUGUUGUUGGUUAAGGUGUGUAACACAGAGGGAGAGAGAAACAUAAAAAACUUGGAUUCAACAUUCAAUGUCAGGACAACACUCGCUUUGCAGUGCAUUUUUUCCCUCAGCCGGAACCACUCGCCAUAAUGGUUUAUGUAGCACAAGUGGAUGUUACUCUGUUAGCCCGCGUACGAUGAGCCUCACACAGAAAGACUACUUGCCGUUUCUCUCGACUGGUGCAUUCAAACAUUUAAGAAACUCUUAAGCCAUCCAGAGAAACACAUACGCACACAAGAAACAUUCCAAACAGGUGCCUCGUUAGCCGUAUAUGCUUCUGCCUCGUAAUCAAACGCUUCAAAGGACGUCCCGUACGUGAUGAAAAAGCUUGCUCCAAGUUACAGUCACCCGCCGUUACGCCGGCCACCCCAUUACGAGCAGUCAAGUGUCUUUAACUCUUUAACACACUAUCGUUCCGCAUGCCUGCCGGAACUGCAAAGCGAAAGCCCUCGGUGGAAUGAUUAAAAUGAGGCAAAACUUUUGCACCCGUCGCUCAACGGUGAAAGCAACCGUGAUGAUGAUCGUUCAGUUACUACGGUGACGAACCGGUUCCAACAGUAUGCACGAACGGUCGCCAGUCUUGAACAUUAGUUCAGUGACGCGCCGUGAAUUUUCUUCCGCGACUUCCGCCUCCUACCAGUAGGAAGCAAUCAGCAGCGUAGUAACUAUUUCAUAUCUACGCCUUUACGCGUUGAAUACUUAAUGUCAAAUGGUGGAAAGUGGCGAAAAACUUCUUUGCACACGGCAGUGAAUAGUAGUUUUUCAUCUCCGACCGAAAACCCUUUCCCGUCGCUUCACUUCAGCUCGUUAACAUGAUUUUUGGGGAGCGUAGGUCAUGAAGAUACAAUCUAGUAGUAGAUGGAAUGGCUUUACAAACAUUCUCCUUAAGAUGCUUGAUUUGUUUAGUAAAGGUUGAAAAGCUACUAUAAGGUCAUUGGGUCUACGAGAAAAUUUAAAUAUAAUUUAAAAUUUAAAGCUAAAGGAAAAAUUGGUCAAAAAUUUUGGUACGAAGAUUUUUCCUUCACAUUCUAUAACUUUCUCGAAUAAUUUAUGCACACCGUAUCAAAAUAAAAUCUGGUCUUUAAUUCCCUUCGCCGAAGAGGAAGGGUUCGUCGCAUAUUCCACGAGAGCCAAGGAAGGGUCUUAUGGUAUUGAAUUUCUUAUCCACUACUCUCCAAAUGGGGGCAGAACGGUGGUAGAGGCUACAACGGUCUUCAGAUGGCAGAAUCGGGCAACUAUGCGGUAUCAAAAAGUCCUGGCAAUCCAUAAAUGACAGGCAGGACCUGAAAAGGUAGUUUAGUAGAAAGAAGACUCUUUAAACAGUUUUUGACCGAAGCAGAAAUAUGUAAACUUAAACUCAACUAAACCAUCUGGAUUUGAUACUGCUCCUUACUGAUAGAUUGAUGACUUGUAAUAAGUUCGCAGUGUAAGACACUCGUCUGAUCCAACUACAUUCAGAGCAUUGACUACUGGCGAGAAAAUAUUUCACUGUGGUAUCGGUGGAACGUGCUGAUCACAUCAGGAAUAGGUCCACUUAAUAUAAUAAUAACAAUAAUAGAUCACCAGUAAAGCUUCCAGCUAAUGGUUCAUCAAUACAUGCUACCCCAAAAGAGUUCUAUCGAAAACUGAAGCCCUUAACCAAAAAAGUGUAUCAGUUUAAAACUCAAAUUAUUAACGCCUCUGAAGUAUGACACAUCUUCCAGUCCCACUCACAUUUUACUAGUGGCGCCAUCUUUGGCAGAAUGCUGUAAACUUUCUUACGGAUCCAACAGCAAUGUUUGAUGGCAACAUGUUGUACUUCUUAGUAUUUUAAAUAUACUUUAUUAAACAAGUACUUUAAUGGUACACUAGCAAAAAAAACCAUCAUCCACACUGCGAAAUAAUCCAUUAUGCGCUUGAACCGGCGAGUGGAACAAAAUGCGUUCGGGUGAAAAGCAUUUUUUGAAAAGUAUAUACAAACAUAAACGAAAUCAAAUCAAUGUACAACGUGUGUUAUCCCCCAAAAAAAACAAUCCAAAAGCAAACAAACCCAAAAACAAACAUACAAACACAACAGCACAAAAUCAAUGUCAAUUCCACAAUAUUAACCGUAUACCGAAGAUACGCGUAAUAGCCAGGAGUUUAACAAGCAAAGUUUAACAUAUAAAAAAGGUUUAAAAAAUCUGUUUCUUCUGCACUCCAACAGCUAAGUAAGUGUGAGUGAAUGUUUGUACUGAAGUAAAACAUUAAUACGAUAUCGUAAAACCACACAGUCAAACAAACUAUCUAACGGAUGGGGGCAUACUUACUAAGACGCUUCUUCUAUCCAUGACUCCAUGUCCCAGCUCUUAUCGCGUACAAAAAUCUACUAAUGCAAAAACUAACAUAUUUCGUUAGAAUAAAACAGAGGAGGAUCUUUCGCCUUUGCCUAACCAUUCGUAAGCUCGGAAAAGAUCCCAAUCCCAGAUAAUAUUGACACUUGAGUAAUUAAAUUUUUCUUCACCCAUUCUGGGUAUUUUGCAUGAUGUUAGGUUCUCCUUGCUUCCGGUAUUUUUUAAUUAACCUUAAUUUUUCAUAUUAAUCCUCCAUCUCUAACCACUACUGGAAUGAGAAAAAAAAGACACCGGAGCUUUUAUCCAAAUGAAAAACCAACCGCUUUUCGUUGAAUUUUGCUUCCGUUUUCAGCUUACGCGUUUUCCGUUGGCUGCCCAUUGCAGGCUCAACCGACAAAAAAAAUCUAAAAAAACGCACAACAGCAGUGUGUCGUGUUGUACAUAUCACCAUGAGAUUAAAUGUAUCUGUAACAAUCAAACUAUAUUACCAUUCAUAUACUUACAUAUAUAUACAAAUAAGCAUAUAACAGCAACUAAAAACAAGCGAUUUAUCGAAAGUUAAGCAGCGGGAGAGGUAUAUACAUACACGGUAUAAAAAAAACACUCAGAACGUGAGGAUAGCGUAGCUCAUUCUAAUUUAUUCCGACAAAAAGAAGAAGAAAACCAAACAAACAAACCCGAACGAUAACAGGACAACCGAUGCACAGGAACGCCAUCGACCGGAUGCCGGAUCCGCCAACUCAUUUGAAGGAAUUAUUAAACUAGUAGAUUAUAUACAUAUAUAUAUACAUGAAAUCUAGAUAUUAGCGUUUAUAAAGCACCGAGUUUCAUCUGCCGUACGUGCUCGUAGCUUGUAGCAUAAAACGUUAGCACAGAGAGAGAGAAAAGCUGGCAUCUACUGCAGUUUUCCCACACUGUUUUUCCUUGUCUGUAAGUCAACGAGCACCACCCGAUAAGCAUGAAAUAAGGCAUACUGAUGCCCAUAAUACUGAAUGUUUCUCGUGUACAGUAUGUAUGUGUGAGUGUGUGUGUCUUUGUUAUAAGUAUAUGUGUGCGUGUACGUGUGUGUAUGCGAGUGUGAAGAGGAGCGUGUGGAAUGUGCGUGUGCGUUUGCAAACUUAAGCCCGUAACCGACAUUUUCCAAACCGAACGAACCAAACCAAAUCGUUAUCCUUCGGCACAAUCAAACCUGUACCUCUUGGGUUUCACAGCCACAACUCACCUAGCAUGAUUAUACAUAUACCCUCGACAAUCACCAAACGUACUCGGGACGUUCUUUCCGCUUUCCCCGUCUAUCCGGUACUUGUGGCCGGAAAGAGUCUUUAUCCUACUGCUCAAGACAACUGCACUUACGUGGAGCAAAAGCUCCCAAACGAUACCAAAAAAAACUAAAGAUAAAACAAAAAUAUAUGAUAAAGGAAGUAAAAUUCGACACGUUGUUCCAUAAAAUUGAUGUGAUUGCCAAACGUGCACCAAACAGAUUAAUCGAGCAGAUCGAGCGAUCGACAGAAGCGAUCGAUCGAGCGGUUUUUGGCUAACCCCUGUACAUUUUACAAUUUAGCCACCUGGGUUUGGUUUUCCGUUUUAUAUAAGACAUAUUCUCUUUCCGAUGUGGUUUUCGGUAGCGUAUAAGUAUCGUGUCGAGGUGUGUUAUUAAUAGGAAUUAUCCAAGAUUGCGCAAGUCACUUAUCGUUAGACAAAAAUCCACCGCAGGCGGCAUUAGUAAUCCAUUUCUGAAUCAAGGAACAGGAAGGGAUGAUACUUUGAAAGGAAGUUCACAUCACACGAGCACAUGUAAUUUAAACGAAUAAGUCCAACGGAUACAUGUUUAUUACUCAACACACACAUCCAGACACUCUGGCACAUUGAUCCUCAUGAUGGAUGUCCUUUCCCCGGGGCAAAAACUCCCGGUUCCUGGUUGUACGAAUUUCUACUGAAUGUUGUUAUAAACGUGUGAAUGUGUUUGUGUGUGUGUGUGUGUUUUUUCGACUCGGGAAAACCCAAAUAGAACGGCUAAGCUAUUCACAAUUUCAUAGCAGCUCGGUGCCAGCAGAAGGUUAAUCCGCAGCUGGGCCAGGAAUGAAGAAAGGAUCAAAUUUCUAAAUAUCAAAAUCACUACAACACAUCGAUCUAGCGGAACGGGGGAAAAAAGAAACUUUUCUUAUUCUCUCAUCACCUUCUAAAAGUCACCAUCAGACCAUCGGGGCAAUCACGCCAUUGCGGUGGUCAAUGUUAAUAUUAGCUAGAACCGGUUAAUGGAGACGUUUUGCUCUGAGUCAGUUUUGCAGUACUGUUAGUGGUAAGGUAGUAGUGUAAGUAAAGUAGCUGUGUACACGCACGUCACCAAUGGUCCACCAUUGAACAUUGCAACUAAACACACAUACACACACACCAACACACAUCAACCUAAUGUAUCUGAGCUGUAAGACAAUCCUUCGUGAGAGAUGAUCGACCCUCUCGAUAAAGUCCUUCUAACGCCCUUAAACUGGAAACCUAUGAGAAACGUACGGAGCUGACACAAACUCCCUAGUAGUAUCGAAACACCCGGAAACAACGCUCCUUUACAUAUCCCCCGUUGCCGGUCAUCCAUCCAGCCUAGCUUUCGUUUCGGAUGUUUGCUGUGAUAAAGCUCUGUAUCUGAGUGCAACACGUAGCGGUUGCGUGUGACUUUACCUAUCGAACACUAGUUAGACUCUAGCCGCAGGAGAGAAAGGAGAAAGAAACCCAGGACAUGUACAUGAAAAGCGCCUAGUGUAAUGCGUGUUUUGAUUAAAAAUUGUUUUCCAUAUACAGUGUGGCAGGAGGGGAAAUUGGGAUAGCAAGAAAUCGAACGAUUGGUUCGAUUUUGAGGAUGAAUUUUUUUAGCGUAUGAUUUUUCUUUUCUAGGUGCUACAAUCUUAGCUGAUCACAAAAUCACAAUGGGCCUCAGAAGUGUCCACUUUUUUCUAUAAUUAAUUUAUAAUUAAAAAUCAAAAUUAAAUAAAAUUGCUUAUUUUAAAUAAAAUAUUAGGUAACAGAUCACACAUUUCUGCAUUUAUAGUAUUUUUUAUAAAAAUAUAUAUUUUUUCUAAAAAUACUUAUGAACUUCAGAGGCUACAGAGCUGAUUAUUUUAAAAUGUAAGAUUUUUUUACUAAUAAAAAGAUAUAAGAUUUUUAGUUUUUGCUGUUGUUCUGCAAGAUUUGUAAUCAUAAUUGAAUGGCCUUCUUUAAUCUUAUAUUUAUGAUACUUUGUUUAUUAAUUAUUCGAAGGACUCGCGAUAUCUUACGAGUAACAAGAAUGCAUAUGGCAGGACCGAGGUUCAAAUCCCAUCCGGACAGUUUACCCCUAGUGAGGGCUGACUAUCCAACUAACAGGCAUGAUCUAAGAAAUCGUUAGGCCAAAAGAGAGCGAGAGAGAGAGACAUACGAGUUACGCUAGAUUCAAAACUAUGGAAAAUAUGUAGGAAUAACACGUCUCUGCAGGAAAAGUCAAGGACCUGCCAUACAUUCCCAGCUAAGGGAAGCAGGGCUAUUUUCCUCAAACCAUUGAAAAUCGUCCCAAGAUGCGCACCGGCACCCACGAAACUGUUGAUAUGUUCAACUCAAUCAUGAAAAGUGGUAUUACUCGGGAUCAGGAUCGGGAUUGGCAAAUGAUCAGAAAACAUCAUCCCAUACAUGAAAGUUGAAAACAUCAUCACAUGAUCAGAAAACAUCAUCCCAUGAAAAAGUUGCCCAUUUUGGCCACUAGGCAAGCGAUUUUCGAUCAGUUUUUAGUAACUAUUUAGUAAGCAAAGUUACGAGAAGCCCAAUCCUAAAGCAAAGAAAUUUCUCCUCAAAAUCAAGCAUUCGUUCGCCCUGAAGGCGUCCCAAUUUCCAUCCGAACCACUGUACUUAGAUUCCAUUUGUUAACCACAUAUCACAGCCACAUACACGUGCACACUACCUUUGCUGCUGGAACGAAGCAUAGCUUUUGAAUGACUAAUUAUUGCACGUUGAAGAAUCGAAAGAGGAGAAAGAUAAUAUAAUCUAGCGAGACGGAAAACUAUAUAUCUACCGAAAGGGGCGGAAGUUAGAUGUUACUGAAUGUUACGGAGUGUGAAUUGGAUGGAUGGAUCGAAAAAGAAAACUAUUUACACGAAGAGAAAGGUAAAGAACUAUAGCAAAACAGAAUGCGUUUAGAAUGGUGCGGAAAUGGUAGUGAAGCAGAGCAGUACCGGCAAGCAUAUUUUUGUAGCAUCGCUUUAACCGGGCAUCGAGAUUCGUAUUUAAAAAUCCAAUUAUUUUUGUACCGCAUGCCUGUACCAUGCUUUCAAUUGUAACCGUCAGUCGGUUUGAACGUUAACGUUAACACGGAUGGUAAUGCUUUAUCCGCACAAACACAGACACAUACAAGCCGCACCACCACUUGGCUUUCACAGCAUAUCCUCGAUCUUCCCGCUGAUGGCGCUUGCAGUUGAGACCUUUACCUAUCAGACAAUCCAAUAAUCCUACGGGAGAUUCUAACUUGUUCAACUAUAGCACACACACACGCAGAACCGAUUACUUAUCCUUUGAAUAUAUUCUUCACGAAACCAAAAGCUUUCCACAAUUACUAAGCUGCAUAAAUAAUCAAACAUCGGUGUGUGAGUGUGGAAAUAUUGCGACCGAUUGAAUGUGGAGUAAAGCUAAAUAAACCAACAAAAAAACAUAUUCUUGAUAGGCAUACAGCAUAAUCCAUAACAAAAUAGAAGAACAGCAAAAGCAAAAUGUAUGUUUUACAAUAGUUGUUAGCGGUUCGAGAAAUGAUCGCAGGCAAACUCCAUGGAAAAUUGAUGUACAUCCUGCCACCCACAGUUGGCUGCGGAGAAUUCGAUAGCAUUAGCAUGCGGCAACAGUUUAGCAUAUUUUUGCACGAUUUAUUAGCAAAGAGCGAGAGGGAGAGAGAAAGGCAAAAAACACGGAAAGCCUCGGUUCAUUAAAUUGUGAAUGUGAAAUUUACUUGCAAGCCCACGCACAAAACACUUGGACACAUUGUAAGCAGAGCAAACAAACAAAUGUCUAUUUUUGUAACUCUUUUAUACAAACCACCAAUUUUGCAUUAUCGCUACAUUUGAGAUACACACAUUUUCCCCGUUGUUCCGAGAGCUCACAAUGCGUAGCAAAAUAGAUAUAUCUGCAGGUUACGGCAGCGUAACGUAUUUACUAUCGAACCGCACUAGGCACAGACUACACUACCCUACUACAGACGAUUGUUCCUACCGGCACACAGUUCGAUUGUGCCGUUCGCAGUUUUGGUUGCGUUUAAUUUAAUCUUUACUUUGUGAGACGGAAAUCAAUUCUCAUCCUUGGCAGAAGGAAAACACGAGAGACAAUUCGGAAACGGCAAAUAACAUAGUGCGCAAAUGCUCUAGCAAUGCAUAUUAACAACAACUAUCUUGAUGUAAAUGAACUGAACUAGUAGCACAUCGGACGAACGAACAUGAUGUUAACUAACAAACAAACAAACAAAAAUAUCGAGAUUUGUACUAACCCUGAAUCCAAUGGUAAAAAUUAAUAAACAACCAAAGCGUGAUUGCAAUGGGUG